CGGGACUGUCACGUGGUGGGUCACAUGACAAACAAGGAAGUGAAAACAACAACAAAACCCGGAUAGUACACUUCUGAAGAGUAUUCUCUAUUUACCAUGGCAGAAACAACACACCAGAAGCCAUGACUCUGUGUGGAAACUGUAUUUAUGUUUCUGCUGUUUUGUCGUGUUUGUUUUUCGGAGUUUUAUGCGGGUUUUGUUCAGAAACGUUAACUCUGAACGGUAAAUGGAGUCUUUCAAACUCCAAUGGUUCAGUGUCGCUGCCCGCUGAGGUGCCCGGAUGUGUACAUUCCGCUCUGCAGCAACAGGGAUACAUCCAGGAUCCAUAUUUCAGGUUCAACGAUGUGUCUUAUCGGUGGAUUGCCUUUGACAACUGGACGUACACAACCACAUUUACUGUCUCUGCCCAGCUGAGGUCCAAACAGAAGGUGCAGCUCGUCUUUCACGGUGUCGACACGGUCGCAUCGAUUUGGCUCAAUGGAGUCGACGUCGGGAAGACGGACAACAUGUUUCGUAGAUAUGACUUCCCGGUCAGAGACUUGCUGCAGGACGGGGACAACGUGCUGAAGGUGAACUUGAUGUCUCCAGUUCUUUAUGCGUCUGAGCGGAGGAAAGCUCACUCUGCCUACAGAGUUCCUCCUGAAUGUCCUCCAGACGUCCAGAAGGGGGAAUGCCACGUCAAUUUCAUCAGAAAAGCGCAGAGCUCCUUCAGUUGGGACUGGGGGCCUUCGUUCCCCACGAUGGGGCUGUGGAGAGGAGUGCAGCUGGAGGCGUUCGACGUCCUGCAGCUCAUCCAGGUUUCCUGCGUCCCUGUGUUCAGUGUCCGCCUCUCUCAGUGGAGAGUCCAUGUUGAGCUUCUUGUUGACGCGGUUCAGACGACAAGCGGUCACAUCUCGCUCUCUGUCCCCGAGCUGGACUCAGAGCAGAUCGUCCAGACUCAGUUUCUCCAAGGGAAGACCAAGAACAGCUUCACGCUACACAUCAACACGAGCAGCCGGGUGAAGCUGUGGUGGCCCAACGGACACGGUGACCGACACUUCUACCUUCUGACCUCCAGAAGCUUUCAGGAUGGAUUCCUGAUCCUGAAUACAGAGUCUAAGGUGUAUUUCCGCACAGCUGAACUCGUCCAGGAGCCAGUUGUUGGAUCUCCGGGAUUGAGCUUCUAUUUCCGCAUCAAUGGGAAAGCGAUUUUCCUGAAAGGCUCCAACUGGAUCCCUGCUCACUCCUUCCAGGACCAGGUCACCCCUGCUGUCUUGAGGAACUUGUUGCAGUCAGCUGUGGAUGCGAGCAUGAACGCUCUGAGGGUCUGGGGAGGAGGAGUGUAUGAACAGGAUCUUUUCUACAGCCUCUGUGACGAGCUGGGAAUCAUGGUUUGGCAGGACUUCAUGUUCGCCUGUGCUAUGUAUCCCACUGAGGACGACUUCAUACAGACCGUAAGAGAAGAAGUUAUCCAACAGGUUCAGCGACUCAAGUCUCAUCCGUCCAUAAUCAUUUGGAGCGGGAACAAUGAAAACGAAGCCGCUCUGGCGACCGACUGGUUCAGCAUCCCAGUUUCCCAGAAGCCCACAUACCUGAAGGACUAUGUGACGCUGUAUGUGAACAACAUCAGGGCCGUAGCUCAAGAGGAGGACCAGAGUCGCCCGUUCCUCGUCUCCAGUCCGACAAACGGGGCUGAAUCGGAGCGAGAGGGCUGGGUGGCGGCGAACCCCUACGACCUUCACUACGGGGACACGCACUUCUACAGCUACACUCUGGACUGCUGGGAUUGGAGGACUUUCCCUCGGACACGUUUCGCCUCCGAGUACGGCUUCCAGUCCUGGCCUUCCUUCUCCACUCUGCAGCCGGUUUCCAUAGAAGAAGACUGGAGCUACAACAGUACUUUCACUUCCCACCGUCAACACCACGAGAGCGGGAACCAGCAGAUGUUCCUGCAGGCUGCUCUGCACUUCAACCUGCCGAACGCCACGGACCCUUUAAAGAGAUUUACAGAUGGUCUCUACAUCACGCAGGUCACGCAGGCUCAGUGUGUGAAGGCUCAGACGGAGUUUUACCGGCGGAGUCAGAGCGAGAUCCUCGGGGGCAAAGGUCGCACUAUGGGCGCUCUCUACUGGCAGCUCAACGAUGUCUGGCAGGCGCCUUCGUGGUCGUCCAUCGAGUUUGGUGGGAAAUGGAAAAUGCUGCAUUAUUUUGCGCAGAACUUCUUCGCCGCCGUCCUGCCCGUCGGCUUCGAGGACGACGGCACGCUGUUCAUCUACGCCGUCUCGGACCUGAGUCACGACCUGAAGCUCCGAGCUGUGGUGUCCGUGUUCUCCUGGUCUGAUCUGGAUCCGGUGUGCACGCUGAAGUCAGACCCGCUCCUGAUCCCCGGAGGCAGCGCUGCGGCCAUCUUUAAGCAGCCAGUCGCCACCCUGCUGGCAGGAUGUGGUCGCUGCACCCGCCUCACCUGCCUGCUCGCCUUCCACCUGGAGGACGGCAGCGGCCAGCAGGGUCCCAGCAACCACCACUUCCUGUGCUCCCCCAAAGACGCUCAGGGACUCCAGAGACCCAACAUCACAGCCUCGGUGCAGGAGGAUGCGAGCGGCUUCACCGUCUCUCUCCACUCGGCCGCUGUGUCUGCCUUCGUGUGGCUCGAUGUGGGAAACAUCCCCGGACGCUUCAGCGCCAACGCCUUCCUGAUGCUUUCCACAAACAGGACGGUCCGUUUUAACGCUUGGCGUCCAACCAGCGCCGCAGAACUCUCUGGCUCGCUCACCAUCACAUCUUUAAGGGACGUGUACUGAGAACAGGACUGUGCUUUAAAAAGAUAAAAUAAAUAUUGAUAUUUUAUUUUAUCGUGUAAAUAAUCAAGAGAAUGAUAAAUACAACCGUUGUUGUUACAGACGCCAUAAAAAGAGACGAGACGCACAAUAAACAAAGUGAAAGGUGA